AUGGGCAGCCGACCUGGCGGAACUCCAGACGUCCACGCCGACCGCCAUGGCCACCAGCAACUCCAGCGCCCCCAGAUACCCGCCUCCAUGUCUGCCCCCGCCGGCCGCCUGCCGCGCCUGCUGCCCGCGGAUCUCUCCUCCUACACCGACUCGUACCUGCCGACUGCAGCCAUCCCACCGUCCGCGACUUCCCUCGCCGAGCUCGCCCACCUGAUCCGCCUCCAGGGCUACCAGGAGCAGCGCAAGACGCAUGCCCGCGUGCGCCUGCACCGCUGGCUGGUCUCGAGCGCCCUCUCCGCACGUCUGGUACACUGCGGCGAGCUGGCCUACCGCACGCUGGUCGACAACUUCCGCUCCGACGACAAGAAGUCGUUCGCCUCCCUCUACAACGCCCUCAACGACGUCCGCAACUCGUGCGAUGCCACGCGGCAAUAUGCCCUCUUGGAGCCGGAUCUGGAGUUUGGCAAGUCCAAGAACUUCCGGAGCGAGAAGCCCCUCUCUGCAUCCACUUUCCUCAAUGAAGUCCCGUCCAAGAUUCUGGACAACCUUCUCGAUUUCAUUUCCGAAAUCCGUACGAACCCAGAAUUUCUUGCUGCUCGUAUUUCCAGUCUUUCGCAGCAAGAGCUCACUUCUCUUACGUCUUUCCGUCAGACCAUGGACCCGAUUGACUCGGUCAUGUUUGCAAACGCCCGUAGCCGCAACGCUCCCUCGCAGAAGGCCCAACAGCAAGGGACAAGCCCGGUAGAACGCCUCCUAUCUUUCCAGCGCCACGAUCCGCUGUCUGCCCUCGUCUACACCAUCUUCGCUAAUUCAUCCGGACCCGACUCGGCAGAGGACCUUCGCCGCACAGAUGUAUGGGCCACUGUUUGUGCCAAGCUCAUCAAGAACAACAACCCUAACUUCAUCCGCACUGUGCUCGAUGUCUGGGCCGGCAUGCGAGAAUGGCCCGGAAAGACCAACUUGGAGCUCUAUCUUAUGCAGACCCUCCAGGAUGGCCAGUUUCUGCUCGAGAAGCCCGAGGAGCAGGCCGCACGACCCGGAAUGCAAGCGACCCCGCGCUCCAGCAAGGACACCAUUGCAGCAGACGAGUUCUUUGACAAGGCUGUCAAGCGUCUGUUCGAGGUCGUUGACGAUGAGCCCAGUGCCGGUGGCAUUCCAGAAGGAGUCUUGGAGAUUGGAAAUGCCAUCCUUCGCAAAUUGGAGGACGAGAAGAGCCUGCGCAGGGCUUCGCAAAAUUUCUUUGUCUCGCGUUGGCUCUUCUCUACCUUCCUCAUGAACGCCAUCAUCCAUCCCGAGGCAUGUCUACCCUUUCUGACGCAAGAAUUGCGAAACUAA